CACAGAAGUGUCUUUUGGUCGAGAGAGAGUGGAACAUCCACAGAUGUGCGUAGAGGGUCAUUAGGGUUUUUGCUUUAGUUUACAUGCUUAGUUCUAUGGCGCAAAACUAAUAUGGACAUGAAAUUUCAGUUGCGCAGGCAUUGCGGUAAUUAUCUCAGUGCGCACUGAGCGGAUUUUUACGCGGAGUCGCCAGGAUCCUACGGAGAACCUGCAGCUCUCCAAAACUCGCCUGACCGAUCCUCUGGAGUUGAAAACUAUCAGAAUCACACGGAAAUAAGUCUAACAAUCAAAAAAUGACUAUAGACAUAAGGUUGGUGCAUCCACCUACGCGCGUUUGGUGAUUUGUAACUCAGCAGCUGGUGUCCGGACGGAUGUUUGGCGUAAACGAGCACAAACACGGAGCAGACGCGAAGUGACGGGACCCGGAGAGCCGUUUGGAUUUUGGCUACGCUGGAGAUCGUUCAUCAUGGUAUCCGUAAAGCGCUUUAAUAAGGCGUUUGUCGACUGCGUGGCUCUUUUCUUCUGCCUGGCCGUCAUGUGUGAGCUCGUUUGCGCUCAGAAUGACACGGAACCCAUCGUCCUGGAGGGCAAAUGUCUGGUGGUCUGUGACUCGAACCCCGCCGACUGGAAGAGCUCGUCCUCUCCGCUCGGCAUCUCCGUGCGUGCCGCCAACUCCAAAGUGGCUUUCUCCGCGGUCCGGAGCAACAACCACGAACCCUCGGAGAUGAGCAAUAAAACGAGAAUCAUAUAUUUUGACCAGGUUCUUGUCAACAUAGGAAACUAUUUCACGCUGGAAUCCGUCUUUCUUUGUCCUCGGAAAGGAAUCUACAGCUUUAACUUCCACGUUAUUAAAGUGUACCAGAGCCAGACUAUACAAGUGAAUUUAAUGCUGAACGGAAAGCCAGUCAUCUCUGCUUUCGCCGGCGACAAAGACGUCACACGUGAGGCGGCCACCAACGGAGUCCUGCUGCACCUCAACAAAGAAGACAAGGUUUAUCUGAAACUGGAGAAGGGCAAUCUGGUAGGCGGAUGGCAGUACUCCACCUUUUCUGGCUUUCUUGUUUUCCCACUGUAAAGCAAACAGAAAGACCGUCACCUUUGCUGUCCAAACGUCAUCGUUGUAACCGGCCCUUCAGCAUUAAUUGGAGGAUCUCAAAUGGAAUCAUAAUUCCAGACAUUCAUUCAGCUGUUGUCUAUACGGACUACUGGGAAAAUGCAUCUGUGACGGUGAAUCUGGAUAAAGGACAUCUACUUCAGUGCAAUAUCACUUUCUGACUCAAGUCGCUCUUCAUAGGAGGUUCAGCCUUUGUUCAGACUUUGUUUCGUUCUGGAUGUUUGUGUUUCUUUUCUUUAGCGUGUGGUUUUUAGUGAAAUGAGGGAUCCUGAUUAUUGUCUGUUAAUAAGGUCAUUUCUUUUUGGCAUUGUUUUCAGAGCGAAUACACCUUUCUAUGUAAAUUAGACUUGUUAAAGGAAUAGUUUACACAAAAAUGAAUAUUUACUCACCCUCAGGCCUUCCAGGAUGUAGAUGAGUUUGUUUCUUCAUCAGAUUUGGAGAAAUUUAGCAUCUCUUGUUCACCAAUGGAUCCUUUGCAGUGAAUGGGUGCCGUCAGAUUAAGAGUCUGAUAAAAACAUCACAAUAAUCUACAAUAAUCCACACCACUCCAGACCAUCAAUUAACAUCUUGAGAAGCAAACAAGCUGCAUCUUUGUAAGAAACAAAUCCAGCUUUAAGACGUUUUCACUUUAAAGUUAUUUCCGGCUAAAAUAUGAGUCCUUUAUCCAUAAUAUUGCAUUUUCCAUGAAAAAGUCACCUUGUCUGAAUCAGGAGAGACGUUUUUGAACAUUAAGAUAUUUAAUCUGCUCACCAAGCCUGCAUUUGUUUAAUCCAAA